UAGUGGGCCACAGGGUGUUUCUACAUCUGUGAGUGCUCAGUGUUGAAGAGUGCAGGACCUUUAAUAAAUAUAUUUUUAAAAAAGACAUGGUUGAACGUGGUGCUGAAAACUGAGGAUGAAGGAGCCGAUUUGGGUUUUUGCUGCGAUUUUCUUCUUGGUGUGUGAAUCGUGGACUCGGGACACAGUCAUCUCAUCUUUCAAUGUGGGAAGUGAAGUCAAGCUGAACUGCAGUGACAAGUCAUGGCGGGAGAUGAUCUACGUCAUCUGGAACUUGGAGCUGCUACACAAACAGUGCAAGAUCGCCAGCACCGUCGACGGCCAACCUGAAAACACCUGCAACGACGGCAAGACGCUGCGGAACACCUCUCAGGCUCAGCAAUAUCUGCACAUCCCACACUUCUCCAGUGACGACGUGGGACUUUACAAGUGUGAACUGGCUUUCAAUGGAGGGUCCAAAACCUGCAACAUCAGCGUGUCCAUCACGGUUCCUCCUAGAAUGUCCUCCUGGUUGGAGUGGCGUGCUGACAACACAAUGGCGGCUGUGUGUAAAGCGGAGGGGGGAAAGCCGGCCGCCAAGAUAACAUGGAGCCACGCUGGGAACCUCUCAUCCGUGGAGAAGCAGCAGAGUUUUGAUGGCUUCUUCUCAGUGGAAAGUCACCUGGAGUUCCCAGAGGGCGUGGAGAAUGUGGAAAAUGUGACCUGCAUCAUCAGCCAUCCGUUCUGGCAGUCAAAGAAAACGUUGCUACCAAAGCACCCAAAAGGUCUGCCUUAUAAUGUGAUGUUCAUCCUCAUAGUUGGGACAGUCUUAAUAGUUCUGGCCGCCGUCUUAGUCUUUGCACACAAGAAACAAAUCAUACUGAGAAGGGGUUUGCCUGGCGACUGCUCGACUAAGAAAACUCAGCCGAUGGAAGAUGUAGAGGAAAUAGAACCUUACGCCAGUUAUGUACAACGUGUCAACUCAAUCUAUAACUAUUGAACACAGCGGGACUCAAUGACUUCUUGUGCUACAUAUAUACAGUAUAUACAUACAAAGACACACUAUACAGUACAUACCAUAUAUAUAUAUAUAU